AUGAUGAAUCAGUGGACUCUGAGCAUUUGGUUGCUGUUACUAAUGCUGUUGGGUGUGAGCAUAAGCACAACAAGAGCUCUGGAAGAUUCUAUGAAUAGUUUUUGCUUUUUGGAAUCUGCAGUGCCUGUGGAGAAGAGCUGCUUUCCUCUUAGAGUAUUAAUAUCACAGUCAGAACAAGGGAUUGGCUCAGUAGUAUCAGUAGCCUCAGUGGGUACAUUCUGUGUGGAGUUUGUAAAUGAUACCCUUCAAGCCACGUACAAGACCAGUGGCGUUGCCUUCCAGUUGUUGGAUCUUCAUCUGCAUUUUCAGGUAGUUGAGGGAACAGGCUUGCAAGACUUGCAAGAGUUUCCUGAAGAUAUUCCAGCAGAUCCCACUCAAUUUGAAUACCAAAAACCCAUUCAAGACCACCAAGGCAAUGGCAAUGGCAAUGGCAAUGACAUGGCAAGCCUCUCCAUUCCCACUGAAGCAUUUACCAAUCAUGAGGUCAAGGACCAGUACCUACUAGUAGUGGCUCAUGCUACUGUCCUACAACUACAAGACGGGGGGAAAGAAGGAAAAGAAUUGGAUGUGUACGCAACUGCAUCAGAACGCUCUGGAAAAUCUGGGAUACCGCUACCAUUGCACAUUACCUGUGAUUGUCAUAGUCAUACUACCGGUACUACUAGUACCAAUGCACGCAUCCUGCCCGAACAACUACACGAUGUACCACCACCGCGACAACAAAAACAAGAAGAAAACUUGGCAGGAGAAGACUUGGUCGUGGGCGUGUCCUUUAUCAUUACCACAGAAACAUCACGUCUCGCUAAACAUCUGCCGAAAAAACAAAUCAAACAAGCCUUUGCAGAGUUUGUACAAACCAUCAUGCAAGACAUGAACGUACAGCCUUUAUUGCCUACCGGUACUAGUGCCACCGCCACCAAAACCAAAAACAAUGACAACAAUCACCCGGGUGUGGGACAACGCCGCAAAUUGUGGGUUUCCUACGACACAAACAGUUUCCAGGUCUACACCUUUUUGGUUUCCACGUCGUGCAAUGGCCCCAAGGAUGCCCACAGUGUCCUCGGCAAACACGCCAACACAUAUUAUGCACCACCUCCCGAUCUUUCCCAAUGCCAUCGAGCGUAUGCGAAAUUUGGAAUCCGAAUGGUCGGAGAAGAUCCCAAACUCGUCUGUGACCUCUUGCACAAUGGUACUUUGUGGGGAUAUCGACAAGGCAUGCUACAACAAGUCUUUCGACGAGCGCAUCCCGAACUGGCGACACGCAUACAAUUUCAUCCCGGGGAUUUUGAAUACUGUGUUCCCGUGGACGAUUUUACUGCGGCACCCACCGAAGUCACUACAACUACCACUACUACUACGACUUCUGCUACGACUAGUAGUAGUAGCUGGACCGACACCAAUCCGCUGGCCAACAUGACCCUGACUGUGAAAACGGCUGAACCAGACAGUCCGUGGAAACCAUUGAUGAUCUUUGGACUCGUCAUAUUGGUAUGGUUGAUAUCCAUCUUGUCCUUGUGCAUUUACCGCCAACACAUCAAGAAACAUCAACGAACGACAGAAGAACGAUUAGCCAAACAGGAAAUUCCACCGCCAAAUAUUGACGACGAAACCGAACUCAUGCCAGAAGCUUGA